GCCGAGGUGGACGCCACCCUCAAGGCCCUCAACAACCAGAUCGAGAGCAUCCGCAGCCCCGAGGGCUCCCGCAAGAACCCAGCCAGGACCUGCCGAGACAUCAAACUCUGCCACCCCGACUGGAAGAGCGGUGAUUACUGGAUCGACCCCAACCAGGGCUGCACCCUGGACGCCAUCAAGGUCUUCUGCAACAUGGCCACGGGGGAGACGUGCGUGUACCCCAGCCCCGGCAGCAUCCCCAGGAAGAACUGGUGGAGCAGCAAGGCCAAGGAGAAGAAGCACGUCUGGUUCGGCGAGACCAUCAAUGGCGGCUUCCACUUCAGCUACGGCGCUGAGGAGCUGGCGCCCAACACGGCCAACAUCCAGAUGACCUUCCUGAGGCUGCUGUCCACCGAGGGCUCCCAGAACGUCACCUACCACUGCCGCAACAGCGUGGCCUACCUGGACGAGGAGUCGGGCAGCCUGAGGAAGGCGCUGCUGAUCCAGGGCUCCAACGACGUCGAGAUCCGCGCCGAGGGCAACAGCAGGUUCACCUACAGCGUGCUGGAGGACGGCUGCACGAAACACACGGGGAAGUGGGGCAGGACUGUCAUCGAGUACCGCUCGCAGAAGACCUCGCGCCUGCCCAUCGUGGACAUUGCACCUAUGGACAUUGGGGGACCCGAGCAGGAGUUUGGGGUUGACCUCGGCCCCGUCUGCUUCUUGUAAAAAAAAAAGGAUUUUUUUGGUGUGGUUGUUUGUUUUUGGUUGUUGUGGUUUUUGUUUGUUUGGUUUGGUUUUUGUUUUUUUAAAAAGCCCGGCCCGAUUCCUUAAAAAAAGAAAAAAACCACAAGAAACGGGAUCCACCCCAAAAAGGAGCUGAGAAGUUCUGCACUGAAAGGGCUCACCCCAAAUCAGGGAGCAACCACCUCAUCCCAACACCAGAAUCAAAGGAAAAACCCGUUAAUAUUUAUUUAUUUUCUUCCUGGAAGACCUGUUUUUGAGGUCAGGUGGAGGUGGGAAUGUCAGUGAUCCCUUUUUCCCUGAAAAAAAGAUGGGAUUUCACCAAUCCAGGUAUCAAAAAUCCCCUCCUCACCCCGAAUUUUCCCCUUUCCCCUCAGCAGGAGUGUUCAUGUAUAAUAUGAGUUAAAAAACACACAAAAAAAUCAAAAAAUGGUGCUAUUCUUGUAAAACAAGUCUGUAUUUUUUAACAUCUG